UUUUCUCAGUGAUGAUUGAUCGUUUGUUGUGAUUUUUUCUCUCGAUAAUUUGAAGAAUAUUUGAGGAAAAAUGAUCAAAAGAGUAAAAAUCACGGAUUUCAUGUCUGUUAAAUCCGAAAUUUGGUCGGAUUUGGAUCCUAGGAAUAACGUAAUUGCCGGCGUAAAUGGUUCUGGAAAAAGUACAUAUCUGCGUGCAAUAAGAUUUGUCUUGACAAAUGAUUUUCCCUGUACGACUUCCGCGGAAAAAUUUACGAUCCUCAAUGACCCUAAAAAAUUCGCUAGAGUCGAUAUACUUAUAGACAAUGAGGAUAACAGAUUUCAGUUUUAUGCAGAGAUUCUGUGUUUCUCGAGACAACUUGACAUGAAAAAAGAUUUGUAUUUUAUAAAUAAUACGCGAAUUGUCAAAUCUGAAUUUAUGAAGCAUCUUCAAAAGGCCAAUUUCUCAAUAAAACGUCCAAUUUAUAUCGUGCCGCAGGGUGAGGCGAGAAGACUCACCCUAAUAUCGAACGAAGAACGCUUGAAAAUUUUAGAAGAAGUUUCCGGAUACAGGGAAUUCAAAGAGCAAGAAAAUCUCAUAAAUAAGCAAGAAACUGUUCAGAAUAAGUUAAUUGAUAUUAUCGCAGGAGCUCUUGAUAAUUUUGAUGGCAAGCUCGAUUUUUUGAAAGUUGAUGUUUCCGAAUUACAAGAAUUCGAGCGAUUAAAAAAAGAAUCUGGCACUAUUGAGAGAAUUGUUUUGAAUCGAAAACUUCAAAAAAUCGAGAAGAAUUUGAGAGAUUGGGAGGAAAAGGGAAAGAAGAACCGAGGAAAAAGAAAUAACUGGAUGGAUGAUUUUCUCGAGAAGCAAGAAAGAGAAGGAGAACUUUUAACUGAAAUUAAUACGCUAAAUGGUUUUGUGAAGAAGUUGGAAAAAGAGAAAAAGGAUCUCAUUUUUCAAAAAGAAUCUGCUGCAAAUAAAGGAAGUGAAUUGGAGGAUCAGUGUGCAUAUUUUCAAAAAGAAUUGGAAAUAAUUGAGAAACAAGAAAAAAAAUCCGAAGCUGCUCAUCUCAAAAUGAAUGAACACAUACAAAAAAUGAAAGAUGAGCUCCUUUUUAUUAUGCCAACGUACGAAAAAGAAGCCAAAGAACUGGAAAAUUUAGAGAAAGAAAUGGAUUCGAAAGAUAAAGAAGUCGCUGAAAUUUAUGCUAGAAAAGCAAGAGCUCGUCAAUUUUCAAGCAUGGUUGAAAAGGAUAAGUGGAUCGAAAACGAAGUCUCGAAACUUCAGAAUGAAAUCGAGGAAUCGAAGUUUGAAGUUAAGAGACUUGAUGAGAAGAUUGAACAAAUUGAGGAGAAAAAAUCCAAGUUUCAGGAAGAAAUUAAAAAUCUUGAUACACUUUUGGAAGCCCAGAAAUCUGUAAUGGAAUCAGAUAAUAAAAAACUUGCGGAUUUAAAUGAAAAAAUGGCGCUGUCUUCACAAAAAUUAUCAAAUCUUCGGGAUGAACAAAUUAAAAGCGAGGAAGAAUUAUCAAAAAUCGAGUCAGAAUUGGCUCAAGUUAAUGAAAAAUUCAGAAAGACGGUGCCUAAGAAGAUUUUAAAUGGCAUUGAGAGCGUGAAGAAAGUCCUCCAAAUUUUCAGAGAACGAGAGGAAAGUACAAAUGGCUACUUUGGUUUACUGAUCGAUCUUUUUCGAAUCACGGAAGAAAAAGUGAAACUGGCAGUUGAAAAUACAGCAGGAAAUCGUUUAUUUCACUUUGUCGUUGCAACUGACGAAUUGGCGACGAGAAUUGUGGAAGAAAUGAACAAAUUGGAUCUUCCCGGAGAGGCGAAUUUUCUCCCGCUGGAUCGAAUGCGUUUUUUGAAGCUAGAAAGCAAUCCGAAAGACGCUUUUCAGAUGUUGACUUAUCUGGAAUACGAUUUAGAACAUGAUGGCGCCAUAAGAUCCGUUUUUGGAAGAACUUUAAUCUGCAGAGACUUGGAUUCAGCGAAUGAAUACGCAAAGUGCUUUAGUGUUGAGUGCUUAACUCUCUCGGGUGACCAAGUAUUCGGUAAUGGUAAUAUUGUAGGCGGCUAUCAAGAGGAAUCGAAUUCACGUAUACAUAUUUACGAGAAAAAAAAGAAAUUGGAAAUCAAGUCCGAAAGCUUUCAGGAACGCCUCGAAGAGAUUCGGAAACAAAUCAGUGAAGAGAACCAGGGCAAAAUCAGAAUUGAGAAUGAGAAACAAAUUUCGAAUAUUAUUGCAAAACUCAAACUUGCCAAAGACAGUUACGCAGAAAAGAUGACUGAUUUGGAAACUCAAAAAUUGGAAUUGAAUUCCUCACUCGAACAUCUCGCUCACGUGAAAAAAAUGAAAGCUCUCCAUGAGUCGAAAUUAGAAAUUUUGCAAUCGAAAAUUUCUAAUUUGGAGGAGGAUCUGAAUCAAGAUUUGACCUCUCAACUCACAGAAGAAGAAGAGAGACACGUAAUGCAACUUUUGAAAGAGUUGAGUGCUUUACGUAAACAAAUUCGAGAAAAGGAAAAGAUAGUUACUCCCUUAAGAAACAAGAAAGAAAAUGCAGAAAGUUUUUUAAAUGACGAACGAAGAAAUAAGGAAGCAGAAGAGUACGGAGAAGAAAAAAAGUAUUUUAUUUCUCAGCGGGAAGAACUAACGAAGAAUAUUGAGAUCCGAAAAUCGAUGAUUUUCAAUUUAAAUAAAGAAGAUCCUGAUUUCGAAUAUGAAUCUAAGUUGAGAAAUGUUAAUUUAAAUUUAGAGAACGUGAAGAAGAAGAAAAAAAGUUUUGAGAAAGAACUGGAAAAAGUAGUACAAGAAAAGGAGGAGCUUGAGAAAAAAUUAAAAAUUCUUGACCGUUUAAUGUCAGAAAUUGAUACGAAAAUAAAGGAGCUAGAAAAUGAGCGAUCACAGUUCGUGGAGAAAAUUCGCAGUCUCGCUUUUACCAAGUCUGUUUCGAAAAACUUUGAAAAAUUUUCUGCGCUAGAUUUAGAGAGAAAACUCGAAAAAUUGAAUACGAAAAUUCGCAAGAUGAAAGUGAAUCCACGAGCAAGAGAUUUGCUGACAAAAAUCAACAUUUUUAAGGAACCUUUCAAAACAGAUUUAGAAAAUAAUAAUUUGUCGGAGAAUUUUAACCAAUUUCUGUCAGAAUCAGAACAAAUUGCAAAGGAAGUUCUUGCGGAAGAAUUCAGAGAACUCUCUAAGAAUUUUGACAAGUAUUUCAAGCGAUUCGUACCAAUCGGCAGCGGCGAAUUGAAAAAGUGUCCAGCUCACUUAGAAGCUGAUGAAACAUUCACCGGAAUUGACGUGACUGUUUCCUUUUCUGGACAAGAGAAGAAAAAUCUGAAAUCCUUAUCAGGAGGAGAAAAAAGCAUUGUCUCUCUGGCAUUAAUUUUUGCUAAUUCGAUAAAAAAUCCUCCACCCUUUUACAUUUUUGAUGAAGUCGAUGCAGCGCUUUCGGAAACGAAUGUAAAAAUUCUUGCUGGAAUCAUCAACGAAAUCAAGUGGCAGACUCAAAUUUUCACUUCAACUUUCAAUCCCAGAAUGAUGCAACAAGGUGACAAUCUGUACAAAGCCAUUAUGAAAAAUAAUGUUUCCCAUAUUCGACGCGUCGAUUCAGUUGGACAUCUUCUGGCAUAAAUAUUAAUUU